CUGAGCUAAGGCUGUGAAUGGGAAGUAGCUUGUCAGUCUUGCUCGUGAGUAAGAGCCUGAGUAGCCGCCCGGCCAAUAGGCGGCGGGUGCCGGUGGAAGGAGCGGACAUGGCGGCGUUGCGGGUGCUGAUGUUGGGAGUCUUGGUGGUGCUGAUGGCCGGCGGGGGACCCUGGGCUGCAGGACAGAAGAGGAAGGAGAUGGUUUUAUCUGAAAAAGUUAGCCAGCUGAUGGAGUGGGCCAGCAAAAGAGCCGUUAUCCGAAUGAACGGAGACAAGUUUCGUCGCCUUGUAAAGGCACCACCAAGAAAUUACUCAGUGGUUGUGAUGUUCACUGCUCUUCAGCCUCACAGACAAUGUGCCGUGUGCAAGCAAGCUGAUGAAGAAUACCAGAUUCUGGCAAACUCCUGGCGGUACUCCAGUGCAUUUACCAAUAAGGUUUUUUUUGCCAUGGUGGAUUUUGAUGAAGGCUCAGAUGUAUUUCAGAUGCUAAACAUGAAUUCAGCUCCAACCUUCAUUAACUUCCCAGCUAAAGGGAAACCUAAAAGGGGUGACACAUAUGAGCUGCAGGUGCGAGGUUUUGCGGCCGAACAACUUGCUCGCUGGAUAGCUGAUAGGACUGAUGUCAAUAUUCGAGUGAUAAGACCUCCAAAUUAUGCUGGUCCCUUGAUGUUGGGUCUGCUGCUGGCGGUCAUUGGUGGCCUUGUGUACUUACGGAGAAGCAACCUGGAUUUUCUCUAUAACAAGACUGGCUGGGCUUUUGCUGCUUUGUGUUUUGUGCUAGCAAUGACAUCAGGCCAAAUGUGGAACCAUAUCAGAGGGCCACCAUAUGCUCAUAAGAAUCCCCAUACAGGACAAGUGAACUAUAUCCAUGGAAGCAGCCAAGCCCAAUUUGUGGCUGAAACGCACAUUGUUCUACUGUUUAAUGGUGGUGUUACUUUAGGAAUGGUACUCCUGCAUGAAGCUGCUACCUCUGAUAUGGAUGUGGGGAAAAGAAAAAUAAUGUGUGUAGCUGGUGUUGGCCUGGUGGUAUUAUUCUUCAGCUGGUUGCUCUCUGUCUUCAGAUCUAAAUACCAUGGCUACCCAUACAGUUUCCUGAUGAGUUAAAGGAUUCCACAGGCUGGGAGCAUUUGAAAGGUGUCAACUCUGAAAUUGCAUGUUAUGGAACUGAAGAGCUAAAUGCGUAUGGUUCAUGCUACCUCUCUUUAAAGCGAAUGAGAUAGUUAAACACUGAACCAAAGAAAAUGUGUAGUGCCUUAAUAUGACAAGCAGUAUGCUCUGAAAGUCACAUGGAGUAUUAAGAUUCAGUCUUUUUUCAUGAGCUUUACAUCAUGUUAAACCAUUUUACUUUAAACCUAGUGGAAUUCAAAAACUUAGAAUAUGGACUACUAGUGUUUCUCUGAAAUAACUAGAAACAGUACUUACAUUCAGUUUGAUAAUUUGUUUGCCCCAUUUUUCCUGCUCCCUGAAAGGUCUGUGGGGGGUGUAUUUUUUUUUUUUAUUGCAUUCUCUUUCCUGUCUACCCGUUGCUGCUCUCGCUGGCAUUUUUCCUUUACUUUUUUUCAUAACUCUGAUGCCUGGGUCAUACCCUUUCAUGAAUGAGGGGGCCAAAUUCAGCAUGUACCUGGAAACCUCUUCCUUUUUUCUGGAACACUCUCCAGCCUCCAGUGGCAAAUGUACAGAUCUUAGAGUUCCUCAUCUUGAAUCUCUUGUGUUUAACUGCAGUGCAGUGCAACUGAUAACUUCCCCUUACUCUGUGUGGGUAAUCAACAUAUUGCACUGGUGAAUGCAUGUGGAAUCUUGAAUUAAGUUAUCUAGAGUGCUUUCAUAUUGAUUUCUUUUUCCUCUCAAUGCUCAACACUCCCCAUCAUCAAAAAGACACUGAUUUUUUUUUUUUUAAUAAAAUGACCACAGUUUGUUGCAGUCUCUGCUAUCCUGAGCUGUCUAAUAGGUCUGGGAAAUCCCCCCUUCCCCUCUGAACACAUUGCCCUGUUACUAAUUGGCCAGUGAGGACUCUCUUUGACUGCCUAACACAGAAACUCCCCUGUACGCAAUAUAUGCUGGCACCGUGAGUCCAGUCUACAUAGCCCAAGGUCAGGAAUGUUCUUAGCCUUUUCUUCCUUCUAAAUAGUUGAUUGUGGAAAAACUAAUCUGAAAAAUAGCCCCAAAGAACCAGUUUCAGCUGAUAAAGCAGAGGGAUCCUAAGUGUGGUUUAAAAAUAUUCUCAGAAUCCUGCCAAAUCAGCAGACAUGCCAGCACUUUCAGUCAUUAUCACUUGGAACUGUGACUUGCCACCUCCUUUAACUUGUUCUAGUUUCCUUCAGCCUCACUUAUUAGGGAGAUUGGGUGGGGGGAUACAGGUAUGAUCCUAGGAUAAACAUUACUAUCCCAGUGGAGAUUCUCUUAGUCUUAUAGUAACCCUUUCUGCUUUAUUUUCUGCUCUUAUUUCCGCUAACAAGCAUAGUGUGCCCCUGAGACACUUCCUUCUCCAUUCCAUCCCUAAGAAGGAGGAGACUUGACUUCUUGUGCCUCAGCCCAAAUAGUCUUAAGAAUGGGAUAUGACUAGGAAUUCCAGCAUCUGUACUAGUGGGAACUCUUGCAGCUUGACUAGAUAGUUCUACCUGCUGCAGGGCAGGACAAAUGCUUGGAGGUAGUUUGUCAUGGAGGAUGUUAUAAAUAGGUAAUUUCUCACCUCCUGUCUUCUUUCCUUUCCCAAAGGGGAAAGGGAUAUGGAAGUUUUCUUUAGACUGAAGAGUAGAUGAGAAAUAACUACUUCAUUCAAACUAGAAUGUUACUGUUAUGCAAGUUUGCUACAUUAACUUACAUCUCAAGUGCCUUAACUACACUAAUCUAGUCUUUUGGUAAUGGUUCAAUUUAAAUAUUAAGAUAUGUUUUUGUACAGCUCAGAAUGAUGAGCCUUAGUGGCACAGAUAAUCACGAUUGGAUUUUGGACAACUUUCAAUAAAAUGUUUUACAGUCUGA